GGUCAGAAGAAGAAGAGAAAGAAGAACGUUGUUUCAGACCGGACGUAUUUUUAUAGCACACACAUACUCACACAGCUACCAUGGACGCUGUAUCCCAGCGUGUUUUGGAGAAUUUGACAGAAGUUGAGGAGGCAGCUGAGGAUGUUCUGACCACUAAACAACAGAUAGUUGACCUGGACACUAGGAGGAACAGGAACAGAGAGGCGUUGAACGCACUGAAAAAUGAAAUAUCAGAUUCAGAGAAAGUGAAGGUUUGCUUCGGAAACAUGUUCAUCAAAUUUCCCAAAUCAAAGACAAAGGAGAUGAUUCAGAAAGACCAAGAGCAGCUGGACCAGGAGAUAAACGAACUUCGCAAAGGACUGAAAGCUAAAGUCAACCGUCUAAAUGAUAUGCAAGGGAAACCUGAGCUGAGAGGCUACAAUCUUUCUCCUCUGUCCACUGAUGAAAUCAAAGCUAUUAACGGUCUUUUAAAGAGAUGACAUCAGAUCUGAUGACAUGAGGACAGAGCCUGAUGCUACUGUGACGUGCUAACCUCUGGAUGAUCUGAAGGUGCUACAGUAGCUUCCUGAAUCAUUUACAUCUUCAUCACCUGCCUUUAGGACAUUUUAGAAAUGAAUGUCAAACAUUGUAUCCUAUGUCUCUCAGUUAAAGGGUAACUACAGUUUUUUUCAACUUGGACCCUAUUAUCCUAUGUUUUUGUGUCUAAGUGAGAAAUUCUUUAUUAGAUGUAGCAUCUCGUUUUCAAGGGGGUCCUUAAAAGCAAACAUAUAGAAUACAUUCACAAUUAGACAAAAAAAGUUACCAAAACAACUUGUGGAGACUACAAGAAAAACAUACAUACAUACAUACAUACAUACAUACAUACUAACAAACAAUAGCAAAGCUCUCCUUCACACCAAAACCACCCAUAUCCUCCCCAUUUAAACCAUUAAAUAUUAGACAGUAAACAUUGAAGGUCCUUCCUAUACAGUUAAAAAAAAUGAAAAUACAAAAAACAAUAUUAAAAUAAUAAAAAUAAAUAAGUAGAUGAAAAAAUAAAAAAAAUAUCAAGCAUGAGAAAAACAGUUGCAGCUUGUAUGCAAAUAAUUAAGAAGAGCCAUCUGAAACUGAUGAAAAGAGGAGAUAGAUCUAAUAGAGUAAGACUAAGUGACUGAUGGGAACAACAAUCUUUGACAUUGGUCCAGUAUUAAGAGAGAUCGCUGCAGUCGGCAGCAGAGAAACAAGCUACAGUGUAAGUUAAUAGGACAAUUGUCCAGCUUGUAUUUACUGAACCUUCACAGAAGUGCUCUUUUUGCCACUGACAGGCUCAGAUAUAAUAUUCUAAGUGUCUGACAUCAUUAUGGAAAGGAUUUGUAAGGAGGUCAACCUUUCUUUAAAAAACCAUUUGCUGUUUUUCUCGUCCAAGUACUUUUGUUUAAGCUAUUGGCUUUAUUUCCAACCUGUUUGAGUGACUGCUCAUUGGACAUAUUUAUAGUGAUGUCCCCACGUUCACAGAUCUCAGGAGUUCACUUUGGUGUGUACAACCUCAUAACCAAUAGAGCCGAGGACCAGAGCUAUGAAGAUAAACCCCAAGUUGCAAUAAACUGUAGUUUUCCUAACCAAUUUUUAGAAGUAAAAUAAAUACUCUGUGAGACUGGACAGGAGGAGCGUUGGACAGGACAGGACGGGACUAUCUAAUCACUAUAUGUGGGCUGUGAAUGGCCACAAGGUGGCAGUGCAAGUGUACGGCACUUAGCAGAUGUCUAGUGUGUUUUUCAGUGCAUUAUGUGAAAUGUUUUUUUUCAUAGUGUUUGCAGGUUUUUGUCCAUGAACUGUAUUUACCAUCUCGCUAUAAAUGCAUGUUUAUGAUUUUGGGUCAUUUGUAUUUAUGUUCAGUUACUAUAUGUGUUUUCAGUAUGCCUUUUUGUUUUGCCUGACUGAGACAUGCCUACAUGAGUAGACAGGGUGCUGUCCUCAGGAAUAAACUGUGUAAAAUAAA